CCUUCAUCCCAGUUCCUCCAGCUCCCAGAGCCAGCCGGGCCUGCAGCCCCGUGCCCAUCCCCACCUACCGUGGCCACACCCGUGCCACGCAGGUUCUCACUGGGGGCCUGGCUGGGUGUGGGGCUGCUGAGUCUCCAGAUGCUGCAACAUGGAAGGGUCCCUCCAACUCCUGGCCUGCUUGGUAUUUGCUGUCCCAGUGGGAUCACUCGUGAGAACUAAAAGAGAUACUACGGGGAAUUUACUCCACACCGAGGGGCACAGCCCGCCAGCGCAGCGCUGGUCCAUGCAGGUGCCGGCGGAGGUGAGCGCAGUGGCGGGCGAUGCAGCAGUGCUGCCCUGCACCUUCACGCACCCGCACCGCCAUUACGACGGGCCGCUGACCGCCAUCUGGCGCGCGGGCGAGCCCUACGCGGGCCCGCAGGUGUUCCGGUGCGCGGCGGCCCGCGGCAGCGAGCUCUGCCAGACAGCGCUGAGCCUGCACGGCCGCUUCCGCCUUCUGGGCAACCCACGCCACAACGACCUGUCGCUGCGCGUCGAGCGCCUCGCGCUGGCCGACAAUGGCCGCUACUUCUGCCGCAUCGAGUUCUCCGGGGACGUCCACGACCGCUAUGAGAGCCGCCACGGGGUCUGGCUGCGCGUCUCGGGCGCACCACGAAUCGUCAACAUCUCGGUGCUGCCGAGCCCGGCGCACGCCUUCCGUGCGCUUUGCACGGCUGAAGGGGAGCCGCCGCCUGCCCUCGCCUGGUCCGGCCCGGCCCUGGGCAACCAUUCCGCGGCGGUGCCGGGACAGAGUCACGGAUACCGAGUGACUGCCGAGCUCUCCGCGCUGACCCACGACGGCCGCUACACUUGUACGGCCUCCAACAGCCUGGGCCACGCGGAGGCCAGCGUCUACUUGUUCCGCUUCCGCGGCGCCACCGGGGCCUCGGCGAUCGCGCUCCUGCUGGGUGCGCUGGGCCUGAAGGCUCUGCUGCUGCUGGGCGUUCUGGCCGCUCUCGCCACCCGCCGCCGGCUAGAGCACCCGGUCACCCAGGACACCCCUCCGCGGCCCCAGACUCAAGAAUCCAAUUAUGAAAAUUUGAGCCAGAUGAACCCCCAGGGCCACCAGCUGCCACAUGUUCCCCAUGAGGAGCCCCUCGGCCACCAGCAUCAUUUUGCACACGAAGUGAAGGCCAGCAUGAGGUUUGGUUCCCAGGCAGCCCCCACCAGGUGACCCCCAAGGUGGCCUUUACUGAACAUCUUUGAGCCCUUGUGAUAUUUAUUCUAGUGGAGCAAGCAUUCUGAAAGCGUGUGUGUGUGUGUGUGUGUGUGUGUGUGUGUGUGUGUACAUGUGAACCUGUAGGAAACUUCCAGAACAGCUCCCCUCAUCCUUAAUUAUCUAGGACAGGAAACGGACCAUAGGGUCUGGAGGCCCAGGCUCCAUCCUGCUCUGUCACCAAACUACUGUGUGGACCAGGGCACUUUCUUCCACUCACUGGGUCUCAACUUAUCCACUGCUUAACAGGGUAAACCACAUCCCCCCACCCCCGCCGGAAUGGUAGGUCUAGCAAGAUCUGAAGAAUCUGAGGAGUCCGUGUGGCUGCGUGGACAGAGGUGACACAAGUGGAGGUGGGGAGAUAGAAGGUGGGGCUUGCCUGAGGACAGGGCUAGAUGUGAUGGGACUUUGGAGAGUAUGAGCCUAUCUCAGGUGUGGGCCUUUGGAUGUGCAGUUCCUGAAUGAAUGUGGCCCUCUCAGCAGCCCUGUGGGGAACAAAGCCCACAAGAGAAAACAAAAGAUGGGGGUGUGCAAACUGUGGCCAGAGGAAGAGCAAAUUCUGGAAACCUGGUAGCAUGGGAAGACCUGGAGUCCUACCUUCUUCCAUCUCCACUGUGACUGUCCUGCACCCUCUGCCCACCUCUUGCUAUCUCGAGCUGGGACCCCAAGGAAAGGAAAUCAAAGACCGUUCUCUCAAAGCAUCUGGAAGCUUUUGUCUCAGGGACUGAAAGCUGGAAGCCCCAAGGAAAACUCUGGAUCCCCAUGAAUUAAGAAGCUACAAGAGGCAUUAUUGUCCUGUGCUUGGAACCCCAGCCACUCCAGAGGCUGAGGCAGGACAGCAAGUUUGAGGUCUAAACCUAGUGAAACUCUUUUAAAAUAAAAUAAUAAAAUUGAAAAAUGUAAAGGGCAAA